AUGGUGAAGAAACCCUGCUCAAACGGAACCGCCGUUAAUGCUAAGGGCAAAAAACCGAAGAAGAAGUCAAAUAAACCAGUACAUCUAGAAGUACGUGCUUCUGCAUCGAUCGAGUCUGAUAAUUUAAAGUUUUUGCGGUACUCCAUCAGCGAUCGCUACUGUGUUCCUAGGCAGUUGUUUCUGAAGGUAGACAAGUCAAACGAGUAUUCUUUGAUCGUUGGGAAUGUUCCUGCUUACUUACCGAAGGAUGCUGUGGUAGGUUUCAUCAAGCAGUUUGUCCCAAUACCAAUUAGUGAAGUAGUAACACAGAGGAGCAACGCUUCGGACGGCUCUACAAGCUGUGGGCAGCUUACAUUCUCAGUUAGAUUUGAGGACCCGAAAGGGGUUGGUAUAGCUCUUUCGAAAUGUCAGGACGUGGGGCCAUAUAAAGCCUGCGACUUUGCUGAUCCCGAAAUCCCCUCAGUUCUUCAGACAUCCGUAGCCCUAUACCGCCGGUUAUUCCCAUCAGCUGAAGAUAUUCAAAGGUCUGCGACAGCCUUCAUUGAAAAACAGGACGAAGAAGUUCAGGAGGCGAAACGUACAGCCAAGCGGAAAUUCACAGAACCUGAUGAGGAGGGCUGGAUAACAGUAACAAAAGCUGCGAAACGGGUUGGCAAAGUCAUGAAAGUGAAGAAGGAAGAUGUGCCCCUUAUGGGCUCCUUGAAUAAGAAGAAAAACCAUGUUGACUUAGCUUUCUAUUCCUUUGACAAGAAGAACACAAAGACGAAAAAACUUAACGAAUUACGUGAAAAAUUCAUGCAAGACAAAAAAAGAAUCGCCCUUCUAAAAAAUGCUCGAAAAUUUAAUCCCGAUUAA